CCCUGGCCUGCUGCGGCAUCUGACGAGGCCGUGGACCUCAAGCACGAGACCAGCCCACUCCUCUCCCACGACGUGACGCCGUCACGCGCAAACAAGUGGCAGACAUACUAUCAACACCUCAGCAUCGCAUCGCACUUUAAGCACUCGGCGUCACCCUCCGCCUCCAAGCUGCAGAUCGACCAUGUCGAGGACGCAAAGGCAGCACCACUGCUCCCGUCAUACGAGGUGAAGCCAGCCCUCUCAAACAUGGAGCCAUCCUCCCCCAACCUCGAAGAGUUUCCCGCUGGCCUCCGUGGCCGGCGCAUCCUGCUAUGUACCGAGUCCUUCGGGCCAGUCAACGGUGUCUCGCGCACGACUCUCAUGCUCGUCAACCAUCUCCGAUCGCAGGGUGCUCUUGUUGCCGUCGUCGCGCCUCACAACCACACCCAGGUCAACACUUUUGUCCCAGUCGAGACCAGUAGCACCAGCUCCGGCACCAUCACCUUCACGCAGGAGGUCCGCCUCACCGGAUACCCGCUCCCAGUCAACCCAGAACUGUCGGUGGUCUACCCUGUCCGCUUGUCCGAGCUGUACCGCCGCACUUUCGGGCAGGCUCCCGACCUGAUCUACCUCGCCAGCCCUGCCUCGCUCGGCUUCCAGGUCAUGCUGCAGCUCCGCAAGCUCCCUAAAGAAUCCCAGAUCCCGAUCCUGUGCAAUUUCCAGACCGACCUGGCCGGUUACUGUGAGAUCCUGUUCCCUGCGCCGCUGGGCACUGUCGCGAGCUGGGUCUUUGGCAAAGUUCAGAGCUACCUGUUCCGACACGAUUCGAUCAAGACCAUCUUCUAUCCGAGCAAGUUUGUGCGCCGAUACCUCGAAGGUUCCUGUGGCAUCGAUGGCGACAAGAUGGAAGUCCUUCGUCGCGGAGUCAGCACCGACGGGUUCAACCCCAGCAAGCGCAGUGCGGACCUCCGCAGACAGUGGGCGCCCAACGGCGAGAUCAUCCUCUUCACCUGCUCCAGAAUCGCCGGCGAGAAGGGCUACGGCUUUCUCGCCCAGGCCGCCGAGGAGCUCGAUCGCCGCGGCCUUGCCUUCAAGCUCGUGAUUGUCGGUGGCAAUCGCAACCCUGUCGUGGAGCAGGAGGUCAAGGACAUGUUCACGGCCACGACGGCCAAGGGCAAGGUCAUCUUCACCGGCUUCAAGGUCGGCGAGGACCUCAUGGCCCACUACGCGUCGGCGGACAUCUUCCUCCACUGCUCCGUCACCGAGACGUUUGGCCUGGUCGUCCUCGAAGCGAUGGCCAGCGGCGUGCCCGUGAUUGCUCGGGACGAGGGGGGCCCCAGCGACAUCAUCGACCACGGCCGCACUGGCUUCUUGUCCCCGCCCGAGGACCUCGCAGACUUCGUUGGCAAGGUGCAGCUGCUCGCCACUAAUGCCGAGCUUCGCAGCCACUUCAGCCAGGCGGGACUUGCGCAAGCACGAGCUGCGACCUGGGAGAAGAUUGGCAACAAGGUCGCGUGGAAGAUGCUGGGCGCGGUCGAGGAGCGGGAGACGAGGGAGGCGCAGAGGCAACUUCAGGAAGAGACGAGGUCCGCUGCCAUGAACGGUCUGCACCACACUGGCGACGCUCUGUGGCGGUUCGUGGUUGGACGUGUCGUCGACGCCAAGCUCGUCUUUGGACUUGUGACCAUCGUCGGCGUAUGGUCGGCGGUCGGCCUGUACCUGGCGUUCAUCAAGGUGUCGCACACGGUCAAGACGAGUGCGCCGCAGCUGCACCAGCGGCUCAAGUCGUUGAUCGAGGGGAAGUGAGCAUGUCUAAGCAUCUGACGGUGGCGGAAGAGGUGGAGUGCAGUGCGAUGCAAGGCGUUUGUGGAGUUUUUGACAAGGUUGUUGGACGGUAUUAUGAUAUCCCCACCCGCGGCUCCUCGCCAAGGGUCUGCUCUUUGUGUUUUGUUGUUUCCAUGCACGACGUUCAUGAUUGCAUUGUCAUGGAGGUAUUAUUAGUUUAGGUAGUACAGAUUAAUGACGACGGAACGAAUCAGAUACUACCGAGUGGCAGAGAGUCAAGAACGUGGCAUGUGCUACGAAGAGUCGAAGCGAUGGAGGCAUUGUUUGUUCACAGCGGGCAAAGCAGCAGGCCAGGCGAAAUGGCUGGUGAUCUCACCAUCGAGAUAUAAGCCUGGUAGCAGAC